GCCCCGAGCCGCGCACGUCGCGACGUCUCUCUGCCUCAGCGCGCCUCUCGGCACACGCACUCAAACAUUGCGCUGUGAACUAACUACCGCUCUACCUAGUAUGUGCUAAGUGAAUUAACGAUUGCCAAUAUGAAGGGUCGUCACCAGUUCCGACGCAGAUUCAGUCUGCAACCAUCGUUUAUGAAAGAAGAUCAUGAGGAAGAGCGGAGACCUCACAGGACCGAGCGGACGGAGGACACCGUAUCCAGCAGUGGCAAUCUCACCAACAACGCAGUGCGACAUAAAAUAGUAGUACUAGGAGCUGCGAAAGUCGGCAAGUCCUCACUCAUAUCACAGUUUCUAUACAACACGUUCUCGCCAAAGUACAAGCGAACCAUAGAGGAAAUGCAUCACGGGGACUUUAACGUGUCCGGCGUGAGACUAACGCUCGACAUACUAGACACGUCAGGGGCUUAUGAGUUCCCUGCAAUGAGGACAUUGUCUAUGCAGUCAGCUGAUGCGUUCAUUCUCGUCUACGAUAUCACAGACGCCAACAGCUUCACAGAAGUGAGGACUUUGAGAGAUCAAAUUCAUGAAACUAAAGACAGCACGGCCGUCCCUAUUGUCGUAGUCGGCAAUAAAGUGGACCUGGCGGAAACUGGCGCGAGACAGGUAGAAUUUCACACAACAGAAUCGGUGGUAACUGUGGACUGGGAGAAUGGAUUCGUUGAAGCUUCGGCGAAGGAUAACGUAAAUGUGUCGCAGAUCUUCAAGGAGUUACUGGUACAAGCCAAGGUGAAGUACAACCUGUCUCCCGCGCUGCGUCGGCGGCGGCGGCAGUCGCUGCCCACUGGACCCCAGGGACCCCCAGGGUCAAGCCCCACCCCACCUGCGCAUGCGCCCCACGUGCCGUCACCCGCUCAGCUCGCACACCUGCAACAAAUCCGCGAGCGACACAACAGUAAACGUAACUCUUGCGUCAUCUCUUAGACAAGACGCACGCGCCGAUCUUUUCAGUGUUAGUUAAGGAUCUCGGGUAACUUUCGAAUUUUCUAUACGUACCGAUAAAGCUAUUUAUAACUCUAAUUAAAGUGGACUUUGUAUUUGCUCUUAAGUCCGUACAUAAAAAGGGCAUUUUUAAUCAUUGCACUGGAGAAAUUGAUCUUGCUAUAUAUAAAGGGUCAAACUGUGUAAAUGCGAUCCCUCGCAAAUCUUUGUUUCUUCGACUUAUCUAGAUAACGUGUCAUUAGUAAAGGGAUCUUUCUGAAUGGCCUGUAGUGGAGAUAUAUUUAGCAGAAAUAAAUCAAAUACGACAGCGAAUAAAAAGAAAUAGAAAACCGUUACAUUGUGCCAACAAAACAAUUAUUAUUUACGGUCUGACGUUUUUGGGUGUAGAGUGAGUUAGAUCAGUGAUAUACCGCAAAUUUAUUCAUGCCAGCCUUCUUGUAGUGAUUGGGGAUGCUAGUUUUAGGCACGGACCGCAAGAGUACUUUGUAUUAGAUGUUCAUGAAAAUUCUCUGUCGUCGCUGUUUUCUUCAAUCUUUUACAUAAUAGCCCCGAUUAAUCAACUAAUUUAAGUGUAAUGACACUUGCAAAAAUAAUUAAUCAUAUUAAAAUAAAUAACUCAAUUUAUCUUUUAUCCACCACAAAUGUAUAAUAGGUACUUCCAAUAUAUGGUUGAUGAAAUAAUUUGCACGAGCAGACGUCAUCUGUCUCGCCCCGCCCAGUUCAUCGUUCCACAAAUUUACGAUUAUGUUAGGCAAUAAACACGUUUCUUAAGUGAUAUACUUAGACCCAUUAAGAUUUGUCCAUUCCUUCGUGAUGUUUCUACUUUAUAUGUGUAACUAGAUAAGUAGUGGAAAUAACGCCAACACACAGACAAACUUUUAAACUUAAGGUUCUAGUGUAACAGAGUGACAAUGUAGACAAAGUGAUAAUGUAGAAGUGACGGGUAUUCGUGACUGGUUUAUAUUCUAGGAUUAUAGUAUAUUCUAACUAAUAGGUAAGGUAAGACUUGGGAGGAAGGAGACACGACACGACUGAGUUCCACGAUAUCAAAACAAGCAGGAGAUAAUAAGUCGGUAUCGGAUCUGUCCAAGGCAAUCCUCGUCAGAGACACGCCUAUGUGAGUACGAUGAUCUCGUUACAUAAAUUACUUCGGAAAGAAUAAUGACCUAACGAGGGUGUGUUACAACCCCAAAUGAGGUAACAACGGCUAUCCGAUUACUUAAUGUAACGGUAAUAAUGCUCUAUAUGUACGUAAACAUUCCGUUUGCCAAACAGUAUUAAUGAAUUUGUGGAUCUUAUAUCAAUAUUGUAACUAAUCGAUAAAAUAAUAAUUCAUUCAAUGUGUAUUAGAUUUAACAGACUCGUAAGUUGUCGUUGUUUGACUUGUUCUAUUAUCUGACUUCAGCUAAACAUUAUUGUAGGUAAGACUUUUAUCAUAACUUUAACAUUAAGACGGAAGUUUCUCUCUCUAUUCGUUCUGUAGUCUGAAUGUAAGUACUUUUCAUUUUCUGAACCAACAUUAAAAUAAUUCGAUGUGCAACUCUAUUUUAAUUCAGAUAAUUAGUUGCAGUCGUGAGGCUUAUUGUGUAUUUAAAAUAUAUUGUAUAGCUCAAAAUAAUCUACAUAUUUUUCAGAUAUAUCGAUUGUUUUAAUAUUCACAGUUCUAUAACUCAGACUGUUUUGUUUCAAGAUGAGAAACUUGUCUUCAUUAUUCAUUGAACUUGAACGUAUGUUAUCAUACUAUAAGAUUGUAUUAAACUUGUGUAUACUUAAGGUGAGAUCAGGGUUGUCAAUAAGUUGAGAAUCUAUUAAAACUUAAACUUAAUACUCUAAGAAUAGUUUGUCCAAAUCCGACAAAAGGUAAAAUUAAUUCACUAAACCUGUUCCCCAGUAAAAGCUGCAACCCUAAUCUCAUCGGGACCUCCUGAGAGUAAUAAUUAAUUACUUAGGUUACGGCAAAUUUGAUUACUGUAUCAUUUCAAUGGUGCAUUAGUUCUAUGUUUUAUCAUUUGCAAUUAUGAUUUACUUUCAUCGUAAACAUAAUUAGGAACUGUUAUUCUUACAUUCUAAUAUUUCAAAUUAUAUGGAUGUGCCUUUUUUAAAAUAUUAGUCUUCUUAGUUGGUAGAACUCGUAGAUUUUGUUGUUAUGUCCAAAUAUCCAAUUGUGCUUGAAAAGAGAAAUGUGUUCGCUUCCUUCUAUUGCGUUUCAAAAACAUAAUGUAGUUUUAAUGUUAGUUUAUUAGAAGAAAGGUAGAUAUAAUCUAUAUUUAUUAUUAAAUUUGAAUAAUAGACGAUAGUUUUUCAGAAAAUAUGUGGUCUAUCGGUGUUUGUACCUUGAUGUACUUUUAGCAGAGGUCUGCGCACAUAUACUUGUGAAAGUUGAUACAUAGCAACAUAUUAUGAUCUAAGACAUUUUUUAUGGUCCUUUGUAUAAAUAUAACGGAACUGUUCGUGAAACUUAGCACAGAUGGAUUUGACAUGUGUAGUAUGUGUAUAGAUGUUCAUUUACCAUUCAAUUUAAUAGUCACCUACUUAUCUAAUGUAUUACUUUUAAUGUUCAUGUGUUUCAAAUACAGGAAUCAACUCCAACGUUUGUACCAAUGUAAUACAAUUGUCUCUGAAUAAAAUAACUAACUUCUGAA